AUGGUCGAUACGCUCGACCAGCCGCCUGAUGGCCUCAUCGGGGGCUACCACGGCCACAGUCUGACCGUGCGCAUCUUGAUGAUCGUUUUUUCCUCCAUCGCCCUGUACAAUGCGAUCGAGCUGUUCAUUCUGUUGUUUCUCACCUUCCAAUCCUAUCGCGGCCUAUAUUUCUGGACCAUGCUCCUCUCCGUCGUCCUCGGUGUUAUCCCCCAUUCGAUCGGCUACAUCCUGGAGUUUUUCUCCUUGGCCCCGCUCUGGGUGUCCUUGACCCUGUCAACCAUUGGGUUCUAUGUUAUGGUACCGGGACAAUCCGUUGUCCUGUAUUCGCGUCUGCAUUUGGUCGUCCAGAGCCGGCGUGUCUUGCGCUUUGUGCUCUGGCUCAUUAUUGUCGAUGCGAUCAUUCUCCUCAUCCCCACCACCAUCCUGACCUUCUCCACAGCCUAUAUACGGACCGAUCCGUUUAUUCGGGGAUAUAAUGUGAUGGAGCGCUUGCAACUGGCCUGGUUCUGUUGCCAGGAAUUCGUCAUAUCCGGGAUCUACAUCUUUGAGACGGUCAAAUUGCUCCAGCUCAUGCCAGACAAAGAUCAGCGCCGGACUAGAAUCAUGUAUGAGCUGCUGGCAAUCAACCUUGUUAUCAUCUUGCUCGAUGUUUGCCUAUUGGUGGUGGAAUAUAUUGGUUUCUACUCGCUGCAGACCACUUUGAAACCAAUGGUGUAUAGCAUCAAACUGAAAUUGGAGUUUGGCGUCCUUGGCAAGCUCGUCUCACUAGUCCACACAUCCCGGUCGGCACCAACUUCUGCCGAACAAGAAGAAUACCCGCAAUUCGUGGACCCGAGUCAGCUCACCUCUGACGUGACGCACGCGGCCCCUGCUGAUCGCGUCCCACGCGGAAUGCAAGCAUGGAACACUAUCUCCAUGGAAAGCCUGCCGAUGUCCGAGCAGCGAAUGCGCCCAUCCACGCGCUCCAGAAUUUCCAGCGAAAGUACCUUUCCUUCCUGA